UGAAGGUUAGGACUGUUUAUGGGUUGCCUAUGUGCGUACUUAUACUAAGUUUGAUCUGAUGAGAAAUUUAUUGGAUUUGAAUUUGUUUGAUUUGCUUUUAAAACUCUUCUUGUGUCCUUUUUACUGCAUUAUCAUUCUGAAUCUUUGGCAGCACUCUGAUUCAUGAUGCUGUAUCCUACAUAUUUGGGUCCAGCCCUUGUACAUGAAUGAGCAUCUAUUCAGUCAUGUCCAAAUCCCUGUGGCAUGCGUAAGGGAAUUUUUGUGGCAAGUUAUUGUACCAACCAUUGUCUGCUCACUGAAACAGGAAUCAGUUACUAAUGCAUUUUUGUGAUUGAGUUUUGUAUGGGAGCCAAUCAAGGGGAGAACAACCAUGCGAAUGAUAGUCAGGGCAACAAAAGUGAUUUUUAUUUUUAGUUUAUUUUUCAAUAAGAAAUAUCUGAUGCAUGCUGGUCUUAUGCAUCGGGCUUAUAUUUCUUUCUCCUACACAGAUGUAAGACUGACAUGUACAUUUACAUGAUUAACUGGUUCCUGAUUUUUCUUCCUUUCUUGGUUGAGCUAUUGGACUGAAAUGGACAAGAUCAAGAUGUUCAAAAUUUGAUUCUCUUGAAAAAUAUGUUUGAAUGCCAGGUUGGUUAACCAAUGGUAUUUGAACAGGAUUUACAUGAUGUUUUGAUCCAUUUACAAGCAUUUUUACAGCAUUGGAUUUUAGAAGAAAUGAUCAGAAGGAUGCUACAAUCUAGCUGUUCCUCAGGCUGUAAAUGUGGGACUUCAUGUCUCAACAAACCAUUCCAGAGCCGACCUGUGAAGAAGAUGAAAAUGGUGGAGACUGAGAAGUGUGGAUCAGGGAUAGUGGCAGAUGAAGAUAUCAAGCAAGGAGAAUUUGUGAUAGAAUAUGUGGGAGAAGUUAUUGAUGAUAAAACAUGUGAGGACAGGCUUUGGAAAAUGAAACACCUUGGAGAAACAAACUUUUACCUAUGUGAGAUCAAUCGAGAUAUGGUGAUUGAUGCUACAUACAAGGGAAACAAGUCAAGAUAUAUAAAUCAUAGUUGUGAUCCCAACACUGAAAUGCAGAAAUGGAGAAUUGAUGGUGAAACCAGAAUUGGCAUAUUUGCAACCCGUGACAUAAAAAGGGGGGAGCACCUGACCUAUGAUUAUCAGUUUGUUCAAUUUGGUGCGGAUCAAGAUUGCCACUGUGGUGCUGUAGGCUGUCGUAGAAAGCUUGGUGUUAAACCUAGCAAGCCUAAGUUGGCUUCCUCAGACGCUGCAUUGAAACUAGUUGCAUGCCAGGUGGCUAUGUCCUCUUCCAAAAUGAAAGCAAUUCUAUCAGGAAAUAAUGUAUAUCAAAAUGGUGGUCUACAUAUAGGAAGUUCACGACUUACCCAUGAUCAACAAAGAAUAGGAUCCCGUAAUUGCAUCGGUGAAAUUAUUAUGGUAACUCGUUCCAUGGGCGAGAGGUCUUUUGGGAUUAUUAAACGGUUUGACAACAAUUCCAAAAAACACCUGAUCAUGUUUGAAGAUGGUGAUGGGGAAUUUCUUGACAUGUCAAAAGAAGAUUGGGAAUUUGUAACUUUAUGAUGUAAUAUGGGGUGUUGGUAAUUCUUGAUUUAGGCCUUGGUGUUCUAUCCAGCUUAUUUAUAAGACGAGGAUCCCUCCUCAGGGUCAGCAAGAAUGAUGUUGUACUAAACACAUUUCUCUACAUUUUUCUAUCAAUAAGGUCUUCCUGAGAUGUUUUCAUUGACACCUAAAGAGAUCAGUAUCAAAGUUCGGCCACCCCUGAGAAUCCGUUCAGCUGGUAAACACCUUGCCUGUUAUUGGGAAAGCCAUGACACACUCCUGCUCGCUCACAAGUAAGAAGAUGCGCCCAAUAAUUUUUUUCUUCCUGCGUUUCCCUGUAACAUUAUUCAUUAUCUUUGAACACAUGGGAAAUGUGAAAAGUGGUUAAAGGAUCUUGCUCUUGAAAUCUGAUGUGAAAAGUUGAGCUUAAUUAGAUGCUUUAGAUAAUCUAGUUGGAAGAUGUCGAAUUCUAAUGCUUGGAAGCAUCCAUUGUACUGAACCUUUUGUGGUUGGAUCAUCCUUGUAUUUCUAUGUUUAAUGGCGUUUGUUUGGCUUAAGGUAGAGGACAAUGGAGUGGGAAACAAUCUCCCUCAUGUACUGAAAAAUUUCGAUAUAACCAACUGUAUUGAAAUCUGACUGUAAAAUAAAGCAGCUACUAAUUACUAUUA